GCGGCGCCGCGGCUCCGGCGGCCCGUUCGGUAAACACCUGGCUCCACCUAGCGGCCCCAAGGAAGUCCGUUUUCCCGAGCAAACGUCGCGCGCUGGUCCCCCGCUUAGGUCUGAUGACGCGCGUGAACGGAGUCCCCGGGGAGGCCGCCUGCCCGAAUCACGGCCUUGAAAACGGUCCAGAUGCGGUUGUCGGUUUAAUGGCCUGCGUUAUUACAGGCUUUGGGUCCUGUGCGUGUGCCAAGAACAAGGGAAUCCUGUUCCCACACGGAGUUUCGUUUACGGAGAAAAGAUCCGGAGAGGAAAGGGAAGCCCUGACCCUUCACCGGAUCGCGGCGAGGGACGUGGCGCGGCCCCGGGAGCGGCGCCUCCCCCCCAUCACCCGGACCUUGACUGCCAGAAACAUUCCUGCUGGUGUCAACAGCAGCCCUGCCGCAGGGGCUGCGAUCAGAUGCGCCGGCCUUUGCUUCAAGGACUGCUUUCUCUCGCCCAAACAAGCCGACCUCGGAGGCCUGUGGCAGCCGGGCGACGGACACCCCGCUCCCUCGUGCAAGCGCAAGCCGUCGUCCGCAUGGGGCCCUGACCGUGACCUGUGGGCGGGACCACGGGGGCACUUUUUGCACAUUCUGCGUGGGUGGGUGGCUGGCAGGUCAUGGAAGACCACCUUGCCUUAUGUGCGUUUUGUUCUUCUACACGGUUCCAGCCACGUGUGCCUGACUUAGAGCUAGCUGUGCUGUCCCCGGCAACGGGGCCCUGGAAAAGGGGCUGGCCUUCCAGACCCCGCAGUUCCGCCCUGCUCUGCUAGCCCGGGAGGGAGCUGGUGCAGGAGAGCCACUCGCACAUAACGAAGCGAUGACCAUAUGCUGCCUUAACUCUCACGCAGACUUU